AUGGCCAUCGAGCGGGAAGCAGACGAUGCCGAGACCAAACUCUCUCGGCGGGAACUUUACCGCGCACUGCAAAACUUCAGCGAAGAGAACCGGGAAUGUAACGCCACGACGGAGAACCUCCGAGGGCUCAUGGAACAGGCUGAGAUAGCUUGGAAACUCCGGAGAGUAUUCCGUACAGACACUGAUACUACGAAGGGUAUAGAGCCGGUGUGGAACAUCGCUGACUCGAUGGGCUUCGCGCUGUCGAUACUUACUACUUGUGGCUACGGCGAAUUGGUACCCAUUACAAAGACAGGACAACUCAUCUGUAUUAUCUACGCAGCUGUUGGUAUCCCGUUAUGUUACUACAUGAUACUGACCGUAGGCAAGACUUUUCGAGAUUUGUGGUUUGCAAUGUUGAGCUCUUCUUGCCAGCGAUACAAAAUCCCACGGCGAAUUUCAUACUUCCUCGUUCCCGUCAUAGCACUGUGGAUAGUCUUAGUCGUCUUCCCCAGCCUGGUGCUGAUACAGACGGAGGGAUGGCCUCUUUUGACGGCACUGUAUUUCAGUGUCAUGUCGCUCAGUACCAUCGGCUUCGGAGAUGUGAUGCCGCGAAGACCGAACCCGUAUUCUGCUUUUUCUAAUACCAUGAAACUGAUCUUCAUAUUUUAUAUCCUGCUCUGUCUGAGCGUCAUGUCAAUCACGUUUGCAUGUAUAGCCAGGGUGCUUAAAGAAUUCAAAUCAAAGAGGAGAAGGAAGCAACAAGAUGCCAGUCAGCGAAGGAAUACGUUGGAAACGAACAUUGAUUUUGAUGAAGAAGUAGAACCAUAUCGGGUUUGUAACGGCGACUCUCCCGUAAGCUCCACUGGGUCUGACUCUUAG